AUGUGACCUCUGAGCAGCCAGCUAAUCAGCUUCCCUCAGUCACAGAAGGAUUAAUGGCGUCUGCAGAGAAAGAUAGUGACCGUGUUUGCAUGGUGCUUCUUCCUAAUGACCUCUGACACCCCACACCCUUUCAUGGGUGCGGUGUGCUGGGUGCUGCCACUGGAGGAGGAAGGUGAGGAGCUUCUGGAUGAGCGGCCACUCUCGCCCAUCCACACUUUUCCAAGAGGUCGGGUUGCGUCCCUUCUGUCCAGGAAGUCCUAUGCCAAAGAGGAUGGCCUACAGCCCGGAAGUUCCGCCCACCUGAGUGUGUGUCAACGUGUGCACAGAGUCCUUAAAGAGCUGCUGGACACGGAGAAGUCCUACGUGAAGGAUCUGGUCUACUUGUUUGAGGUCUACCUGACUCCUCUGCACAAUGAGACCUUCCUCAGUAACGACGAGAAGGAGGCGCUGGUGGGUAUCCUUCCUGAGAUGUUGGACUUUCAGCGAGUUUUUCUCCAAACUCUGGAGGACAACAUUACCUCCAGUCCAGACUUGGACUCACCUGAGCAGUUCAAGAGAGUUCUCGUCUCAGUGGGAGCAUCUUUUCUGCACUACGCUGACCACUUUAAGCUUUACAGCAUCUUCUGUGCCAACCACGUCAAAGUCCAGAAGGUUCUGGAGCGAGCCAGGACAGACAGAACCUUCAAACACUUUCUGGACACCAGAAACCUGACCAAGCAGCACUCUUCGUCUCUGGACUCCUUCCUCAUCAAACCCGUUCAAAGAGUUCUCAAGUACCCGCUUCUGCUGCGAGAACUCAUCAGUCUCACUCGGCCCAAAAGCGCCGAGUACAUCCGGCUGACAGAGGCACUGCAGGCCAUGGAGGAGGUGGCCUGUCACAUAAAUGAGGUGAAGAAGUUAUACGAGGACUUUGGACAUGUCUUUCAACAGCUAGCCUCGGACAGUCAGGUGUCGACGGGGGACUUCCUGGUCCACUCUUCGGUGUUGUGGCUCAACCCUCAACCUAUUCUGGAUUGCCUGAAGAAGGAACCAGAACUCACUUUGUUUGUAUUCCAGCGGGCGGUCAUCUUGGCAUACAGCGACAUUAAGAUGCCCCCCUCACGCUCGCCUCAUCUGGACCUCUCCAGGUUACGCUGGCUAAUCCCUGUCCCGGCACUCCAAGUCAUCCCAGGCUGGGAGGCGUCAUGCAAGUGGCAGUUGAUCCACUACAAGUCUGAGGAGGGAGGAGCCAGUGAGGUGUUCCAGCUGAGCAGCAGAUCUUUGGAGAGCAAGAUGCAGAUAGUGAGAAUCCUCCAAAACCUCCUGGCAGACCCAGCUCCCAACGACUCCAUGAGGAGGAUAAACCAGCCCCAGCCGUCCUCCCAUUGGACAAGUCCUGUUGACAGGAAGGACUGUGGUUGGCUGCUAAACUCUCAGGUGACAAGUGUCUUACGCUCUGUGACCAGAGACUUGGAGGCUCACCUGCAGACGCUGACCUUCAGCAGAAAAACGGUGGUGACUGGCAGCUGUGACCAAAGGAGGUCCAGGUCUGAGGUCAUAGACCUAGAGAAAGACUUCAGCGUCCACAGCAUCACAUCCAUGACCAAUGAGGACAUUUUCUACGAGGUGUUGCUAGAAUCUUCGUCUACAGCUGUCCCUGUGCUACAAAGCUAAUGCUAACAGGCUAACCUCUAAACAAAGAGAGCACAAGCUAACAAGUCAAACUCCUUGUUUUUAAACAUACUUGGCCAAUAAAGCUGAUUCUGAUUAUGA